CCUUGACAUUGUUAUAUCCAGGGAGCCCCCGAUAUUUCUCUAAUCCCUGCAACUGAACUGCAACUGCGUUUGAUUUUCCGGCGACGGGGUCAAAUUCCGAUGGAGACCGGCGGGAAGUUGAAGAAGGGAGCAGGAGGGAGAAAGGGCGGCGGCCCGAAGAAGAAGCCGGUUUCACGUUCCGUCAAGGCCGGCCUCCAGUUUCCUGUCGGUAGGAUCGGUCGAUACUUGAAGAAUGGGAGGUAUGCUCGACGUGUCGGAACCGGAGCUCCGGUAUACUUGGCCGCCGUUCUCGAGUAUCUCGCCGCCGAGGUGCUGGAGUUGGCUGGAAAUGCAGCCCGAGACAACAAGAAGAACAGGAUAAUUCCUCGGCAUGUAUUGCUGGCCAUAAGGAACGAUGAGGAGCUUGGGAAAUUGCUUGCUGGUGUAACGAUUGCGCAUGGUGGUGUUCUUCCAAACAUUAAUCCAGUGCUGUUGCCCAAGAAAAGUGAGAAGGCAGUCACGAAAGAACCAAAAUCCCCAUCAAAGGUCACCAAGGCAACAAAAUCCCCGAAGAAGGCUUAGAUUUCCUCUCAAAAAACUUGACUUGUUCGUCCCCCAUUUGUAUGUACUUUGGCUUUUAGGAUCAUCUUCUGUGUUGUUUAUCAAUGUAAGCUCAGAAUUGAUGAAAUUCUAGACUCUGUAUUCCUCCCACCAUCUUAAUGAUAAAACUCUGUACUGGUUAUGAUUGUCUCACCCAUCAA